UGUAUGCGUGUGUCGGUGUCGGACCGGCGCUCCGAGGGGCUCGCGCACGUUGCGUGCAUGCAUUUAUUUGCGAGUGCUGCGCGGAGUGUGCGUGUAGUUUGUGACAUUAGAGGUGACUGGAACUGUCACACGCGAAACUACACCCUGCUUCAAAAUGUCAAGACGAGCAUGGGUGACGCUGGCCACAAACGACUCCUACGGCCUGGGAGCACUGGUCUUGGCUCACUCCCUGCGCCGCGUUCGUUCCACGCAUUCCACUGUGGUCCUCAUCACACCAUCAGUUACUGAUGCCAUGAGAGACCGUCUCCGCGCAGUAUUCACGGAGGUGGUGACCGUGGACGUGUUGGACUCGCGCGACGCGGCCCACCUGGCGCUACUGCAGCGGCCCGAGCUGGGCAUCACCUUCACAAAGAUCCACUGCUGGGGGCUCACGCAGUACGAGAAGUGCGUCUUCCUGGACGCUGAUACCCUAGUGGUACAGAACUGCGAUGAAUUGUUCGAGCGGGAGGAGCUCUCGGCAGCCCCCGACGUCGGCUGGCCCGACUGCUUCAACUCUGGUGUGUUCGUCUACAGGCCUUCCACAGCAACCUUCGACGCGCUUAUCAAGUUCGCGCAGGAGCGCGGCAGUUUUGACGGUGGCGACCAAGGGCUGCUGAACUCUUUCUUCUCGGACUGGGCGCGCGGCGACAUCAACAAGCAUCUGCCUUUCCUCUACAACGUCACGUCAGCUGCUUUCUACUCCUACCUGCCCGCACUCAAACAUUACGGGCAAGACCUAAAGAUCAUCCACUUCAUCGGCGCGGCGAAGCCGUGGCUGCAGCCCUACAACUUCGAGACGCGCUCCGUGUCCGCGCCCGGCCACCUGCAGGGCCUGCUGCAGUUGUGGUGGGACCUCUUCGUGGGCCAGGUGCACCACCAGCUCGACACAUCCAUGCAUUCCAACCAGGACGUUAGUGUUUCAGAGGUUGAGGACGUUGAGGUAGAGGCCCCCCCGAUGCCCGCUCCGGACGCCCAACAUUACGAGCCCAGCUUGGACCAGCAGUCUGAAUUCCCGUGGCACCACCCGGACGCCCAACUCCAAGAUGAAGCGGUAGCGGACAAACCUGACCUCACAGACUUCUACGAUCCCUGGCAGAAUUACAAAGGAAACAUCCCACCCAAUCCAAACCCGGAAGUCUCGGAUGAUCACAAAUCAGUGAGAGACUACGCGUGGGAAUAUAAAGCACCGGCACACACCGACGCGUGGCAGCCGUCCGCCGGCCAACACGACACCCACUGGCACCACGAACCGCACCAUCACACGCACAACCACCACCAUAGAGAUCACUCCGGGGACCAUUCUCACACUCACACCCAUCACACCGACGAACACAACGGCUGGUACCAUCACCACGAGGCAGGUCAAUCAUUCACGAAUCACGAAACCCCGCACCAUCAUCAUAGUCAAAACCACCACAAUCACGGGCAAACUCACGCACAGUAUCCUCAUGAUCAUCACUACGAUCACACGAGCCAUCCUCACCAUGAUCAUAAGCAUUCUGAAAAGACACACGAAUCAUCUAACUCGAAGUGGAGUUUACUAGUAGUCGAUUUUGAUCACACGCUAGUAGACACUUCACAGGUUCACGUAGUACACCACGCUCACAUAGACUACGAUAACGAAAGAGAAAACGGGGAAGCCGGUGUGCCGGUAGCGAUUAAAGACAUGAACGGCGAUGCCUCCGAGACCGAAAGUUGUGAUCAUGAGGAUAUAAAACCGAGGCACCCGUACGAUAACUACUAUCUAAAACAUAUAUGCACUAUAGAUUCGUACGGACGAAAGAUCUGUUCCCACGAAAUACCCCCCACCCCGUCGCCGUCUUUAUCACCAGAGUAUAUGACCCCCGACGAUUCAGAAGAGGAGGACGAACCACUCGAAAACCAGGCAAAUCAAAGUGGAGUGGCGGCGAACCUGGCGCGGGUAGUGCCGGGCGCCGUCGCACGCGAGGCGCUGGACGAGCUGACGCGCCGCCAGGGCUGGGAGGCCGGAAACAUCGACUACAUGGGCGCAGACUCCUUCGCGAACAUCUGGGCCAAGAUCUCGCAGACCCUCAACCAGCCGAGGGCGUCCCCGCCUAAGGAACAGCCGAAGCAGCCCUCGCCUCCCAAGGAGGCGGCGAAACAGCCCUCGCCUCUCAAGGAGGCGCCGAAACAGCCGUCGCCUCCCAAGGAGGCCCCGAAACAGCCGUCGCCUCCCAAGGAGGCCCCGAAACAGCGGUCGCCUCCGAAAGAGCCCGCGCCUGAGCAACCGUCCCCGCCUAAAGAGACCCCCGCGGAAGUGAAGCCCGCGGAAGCGAAGCCCGCCGAAGCCCCGGUGGAGGCCAAGCUCGCCGAAGUCCCGGCCGCGGAGCCGGUCGCCGAGGCGGCAGGUAAACCAACUCCCCCCGUAUCCCCCGCGGCAGAAGCGCCCGUAGUGGCGACGGCGGCCGCCCCCGCACAAGCGGCAUCGGCGCCGGCCGCCGAGCCUCCCAAAGAGGAGAUUAAAGAAAAGACUGACAAACCCGAAGUUCCGCCUACACCGCCGGCGACGCCAAAGUCUACCCCGGAGCCAUCCACCCCCGUCGACGAAGCGCCACCUGCCGUCGAGGCACUGCUCGCUGCGGCCCCUGCUGCCCCCGGGGUACCCGCAGUCCCCGCAACCCCGGCGACCCCCGCGGCCCCCGUGUCGCCGGCCCCGGUGGCGAAGGCCCCCGCGAGCCCCGCGGCCCCUGCAACCCCGGCAGCCCCCGCGGUCCCCGCAGCCCCGGCAGCCCCCGCGACCCCUGCAACUCCGGCAGCUCCCGCGGUCCCCACAGCCCCCGCGGCCCCUGUAACCCCGGCAGCCCCCGCGUCGCCGGCCCCGGCGGCGGAGGCCCCCGCGAGCCCCGCGGCCCCGGCAGCGGCGACGCCAGAGAAGACCCUGGACGUGACGUCCGCGUCCAGUGACAGCCCGCCGCUCGCCAACACGCCGUCGAAGGACGACGCGCCCGUCGACCCCGCCGCCAAAUCGGAGGAGCGCGAGCGCAGAAAGAAGGUGGAGAAACUUCAGCUCAGCCCGCCGGCCGCCGCCGACACGCUCGCCACGCCCGACUCCGAGCUCGAGGACGCCGCGGCGCUCGCGCACGCUAUCAUCGCCUCGGAACUCGCUCCCUCGGACCCGCCCGCACCCACCGUCGCCCCCGCCGUGUCGCUCGCGCAGAUCGGCGUCAAGCCUAAGGGGAAGUCCACUGCUGCACAAAUAGAAUCUUCCGUGGCCCCGGCUACACCUAGUGCGCAGGCGCCCGCUAAGCCAAACGCGGCGGCACCAUCUACGCCGACUGCGGCGGCACCAGCUACGCCAAGUUCAGAGGCGCCCGCUAAGCCGAGCGCGGCGACACCAGCUACGCUAAGCACAAAAGCAUCCGCUAUCUCAGUCGCGGUGGCACCAUCUACGACAAGUUCCAAAGCGUCCGCUACCCCUAGAGCGGCGGCACCCGCUACGCCAGUGGCGGACGCGCCCGCCACCCCAAGCGCGGCGUCACCAUCUUUUACGAGAAGUUCGAAAGCGCCCGCUACCCCUAGCGCUGCGGCACCCGCUACGCCAGCGGCGGAAGCGUCCGCCACCCCAAGCGCGGCGGCACCCGCUACGCCCAGUACGCCAAGCUCGGAAGCGCCCGCUACGCCAACCUCAGAGCCUUCCACGCCUAGCGCAGAGACGCCCUCUACCCCGACCACGGCGGAGGCAACUAAAGAGGCUCCCAAAAAGAAGGUCGUAAAGAAAGUCGUCAAAAAGGAGGGCGAUGCCCCGGUGCCGCCGCCGCGCAAGAAGGAAAAGAAACCCAAAGAAUAGUGAGCGCUCGCCACUCGACAGUUCCUCUGUGCCAUAAUUUUAUUGUAACCUCUCUUUUCUACUUUAAUUGUUACUCUUAAGUUUAUUUAAUUUUCGAAUAUGCUUACAUGUGCCGCGUAACCCUAUAUUAUGUUAGAUAUUGUUGUGUUAACUAUUUGCAUCACACAAUCAUAUUUUGUACUUUCUAGUCUAUAUAGCCAGUCGAGUAUUGGUAGAUGCGAAAAUCGGAUAUUUAUUUUGUCUUAUAUGAUUUACACGAUGUUUAAAAAGCCUACUAUGUUAUUAAUAAUAUUUUGGUUAUUCUUUGGACUAAAUUGUUAAACCAAAGGAGUUUUAUAUGAGACGUAUUUAUUGAAACGAAACUAUUGUAAUUUUGUAUGAAAUUAAAGUCUAUUUUGUAUUAAA